CGUUCAUAUAUCGCGGCGUGCGUUUAGUAUACAGUACACAGUUAUACCGUAUACACUGGUUGUGGAAUCCGUAGCAAAACUUCACCCAAAAAUGUCUUCGUUGGUAGUUUGUGCUCUCCUUCUGACAGCCAUUGUAGCGGUGGUCAACUGUGCGUCACCCGUCACGAAGCGCCAACAGAAAGAGAUUGUAACCCUGCACAACCACUACCGGAACAUCGUUAAGGCCAAGAAUAUGAACAUGCUCAAGUGGAAUGAAAAGGCCGCCCAAAUGGCACAACAGUGGGCCAAUACUUGUCCCACAGGGCACAAUUCGAAUGACGACAGAAAUCUGGCAGGUUUCGAUGGAUGCGGUCAAAAUAUUGCUUGGCGAGAAGGCUCCGCGCUCUCCUGGAGCGACGCCAUUAACGACUGGUUUGAAGAGGUUAAGAAUUUCCGGUACUGCCGGCAACCAACUGGAAAAGUUGGACAUUUCACGCAGAUGAUGUGGGCUGACACCAAGGUGGUGGGAUGCGGCAUCAGAACCGACUGCAACAAACUUGGCAGAAACACAAUUGUAUAUGUCUGCAAUUACUGUGACGCGGGCAAUGUCAUGAUGGACGACGACAUGGACUCACCUUUUUGUCCAUGGAAAAAUUAACAAAACUUGCAAAUAGCUUUUGGUGAUGGUCUCUCUAAUCCGGCACAAAACUAUACAAUAUAUGUAGCGAUAAAUGUUUGUUGCCUGCAUCGUACUCUGUAUUUUAUAUACUUCAUGUAGUGAUACAAAAAUUAUGUGAUGCUGCAGACUCAUUGAUUCUGCUGUUUGUAUAAAUGGCAUGCUGGCAGUAAACGUGGCAAAAUCUG